AAAUCUUCAUCAAUCUUGUUCCAGAGAGGAAGGAAGAUGUUGUUAGGAUGACAAAUAAUGAGUUGUUUGAGCAACUUUAUAAAGUCCAGCAGAGUAAAAAAUGCUUAGUUGUACUGGAUGAUAUUUGGUCAAUAGAGGCUUGGAAGAGCUUGGAACCGGCCUUUCCAAAUGGAAACACAGGUAGCAAAAUAUUGCUAACGACUCGUAAUAAAAUAUUGCCUUCACAGAUAGAUCCAUACCCUAUCGUCCAUGAACCCCAGUGUUUAAAUGACAAGGAAAGUUGGUAUCUACUUCAAAAAAAAUCAUUACUAAGAAGAGAUGGUAAAGACUCCAGAGUGCUUGACACAAACAUGGAGGCAUUAGGGAGGAAAAUGGUAAAGCUAUGUGCUGGUUUACCGUUAGCAAUCAUUGUGCUUGGUGGACUUUUGGCAAGAAAGCAUACAUUAAGGGAAUGGGAGAUGGUAUACCAAAAUGUUCAUUCGCAUAAAUGGAAUGACGACCCAACACAACAUGACAAUGGAGUAUCAACGGUGUUAGCUUUAAGCUACCAUGACUUGCCUUAUCAAUUGAAGCCAUGUUUUCUAUAUUUUGGUCACUUUCCGGAGGAUUAUGGGAUAAAUGCUGAAAGACUAUAUCACUUAUGGAUAGCUGACGGUAUAAUUGUAGAUGAUGAUAGAGUGGGGGAUGAAACAAUAAUGGAUGUGGCAAAACGUUACUUGGGUGCACUAGCACAGCGGUGCAUGGUUGAAGUACAUGUAGACAUGUAUACUCAAAGGAUCAAUUAUUGCCGCAUUCAUGACCUUAUGCUAGAUUUGUGUUUAUCGAAGGCAAAAAUGAAUGAUUUUCUCGAGAUCAUUCAUCUCCAACGCGAAACUGAUCUAGCUGAUUGGUUUUCCACCACAUCAACAACCACUACUCCUAAAAUACGCAAACUUGCAAUUCAUUUGAGUAGGGAUGUCGAAAAAGUUGUCCUCCCUGACUUGGAGACAAAUAAACAGCUAAGAUCAAUAUUGUUGUAUGAUCCAAGAAUUCACUUGUGGCCUUUAUCUAGUGACGAAAAGUCUUCAAUAGAGUUGAACUCCCAUGUCGAGUACUUCAAAUUGCUUAGGAAUUUGGAUCUUGAAGGAUUUAAGUUUGAUGAAAAGUCAGUCGAAUCAAUAGGUAACCUAAUUAGCUUGAGGUACUUGAGUUUUAGAAGUUGUUUCAUACCUAAGUGGCAUUCGUCUAUCUGCAAGUUGAAAUACUUGCAAACCUUGGAUUUACAACAUUGCGAGUUCAACCCAGGUGAAGUAAUAGUCUUACAUGGAAUGGAACAAUUGAGGCAUUUGUAUAUUCCUCGCAAUGCUAAAUUCAAAUUUGAUGGGUUAAGCAACCUCGAAACAUUAGGAGGGUUUGACACAAGAUCUUGUGACGUCAAUGAUCUGUGUAAAUUGAUCAAUCUUCGGCAACUAGAAGAUGCAACUUUCUCGGAGGAGGACAAUCAGGACUUAGCGGCUUUCAUCAACUACCUAAACAUCAGUGCCAACCACCUCCGACAUACAUCCUUAUCAGUUGAAUUUUACAAAAAAGAAGAAGAGUUGACUCUUCUCAAACAACAACUGUUAGGGUGUCAACAUCUUUACAAAUUGAGUAUUAGUGGAAUUAUUCCUGAGUUACCAGAGUGCCAGGGUUUCUCUCCCAUCCUCAUCGAGUUAAUUUUGUUUAGAUGUCAACUUGAAGAAGACCCUAUGCCAACAUUAGAGAGGCUACCUAACCUACAAUAUCUCUAUUUAGGUAGUGGUGCCUUUAUGGGGGACAAAAUGGUUUGCUCAGCUAAUGGUUUUCCCCAACUCAAAACCCUAUCUCUCUAUCAGUUGAUGCUCUUAAAAGAGUGGGAGGUGGAAAAAGGAGCGAUGCCCAAUCUCUCUAAUUUAAAAAUUGCUUAUUGCGAAGGACUUGAAAUGGUUCCAGAGGGACUGAGAUUCAUUGCGACCCUCCAACGAUUUACAACAAAGGAUAUGAGCGAAAAUUUCAAUAACAAGCUUCGAAGGGUCAAUGGUGAAGAAGGAGAAGAGUUUUACAAAGUGCAACAUGUGUCUUCCCUCGACAUUUGGUAAAUUUCUUAAUUCUGGAUAAUCCUUUCUUUCACAAGAGACGAAACAACUAUUGGGUCUCUUAUCGUUUCUUUCACAUCCCCCUCAUUAAUUCUCAUCAUAAAAUUUGUUGAUAUAUAUAUCUCUCUCUGCUUUUUUUGCCUUCAUAUUGGUUUAGGGGUGGACAAAUUAUCAUAGAAUCAAAAAAACUAAACUAAACCAAAAUUAUUGGGUUGAUUUGGUUUUUUUUUUUUUUUUUUGAAUACAUUGGUUUA